CAAACAUGGUUACCACGCACCGGAAGUAACCGGUUAUUUUGCCGUAGUCAGUUCUUCCACCGAGCGGAAAAGGUAUGUCCGCUUGUGUCUCGACCAUUUCCAGCCCCUCUACCUUGCAGGACCCCAUGAGUAAGCUGUGGCGGCGCGGGAGCACCUCUGGGGCUAUGGAGGCCCCUGAGCCGGGGGAAGCGCUGGAGUUGAGUCUGACUGGUGCCCACAGCCACGGAGUGCACAAGAAAAAGCACAAGAAGCACAAAAAGAAACACAAGAAGAAACACCAUCAGGAAGAGGAGGCUGGACCCACGCAGCCAUCUCCUGCCAAACCGCAGCUCAAACUGAAAAUCAAGCUGGGUGGGCAGGUCCUGGGCACCAAGAGUGUUCCUACCUUCACUGUGAUCCCUGAGGGACCUCGCUCCCCCUCCCCCCUUAUGGUUGUGGACAAUGAAGAGGAACCUAUGGAGGGAGUCCCCCUUGAGCAGUACCGUGCCUGGCUGGAUGAAGACAGUAAUCUAUCCCCCUCCCCACUUCGGGACCUGUCUGGAAGCUUAGGGGGUCAGGAAGAAGAGGAGGAACAAAGGUGGCUGGAUGCCCUGGAGAAGGGAGAGCUGGAUGACAAUGGAGAUCUCAAGAAGGAGAUCAAUGAACGGCUACUCACUGCUCGACAGCGAGCUCUGCUCCAGAAGGCUCGAAGUCAGCCUUCCCCAAUGCUGCCAUUGCCAGUUGCUGGAGGCUGUCCGGCCCCCGCCCUCACGGAGGAGAUGCUGCUGAAGCGCGAGGAGCGAGCGAGGAAGCGAAGGCUGCAAGCGGCGCGGCGUGCAGAGGAGCACAAGAACCAGACUAUCGAGCGCCUCACCAAGACCGCUGCGCCCAGCGGGCGGGGAGGCCGAGGGGCCUCAAGGGGUGAGCGACGGGGAGGGCGGACAGCCGCCCCGGCCCCCAUGGUGCGCUACAGCAGCGGGGCACAGGGUUCCACCCUUUCCUUCCCACCCGGCGUCCCUGCCCCGGCGCCAGUGUCACAGCGACCAGCCCCGCUAGACCCUCCUCCGCGAUGCUCCGUCCCUGGCUGCCCGCACCCGCGCCGCUACGCCUGCUCCCGCACCGGCCAGGCACUCUGCAGCCUUCAGUGCUACCGCAUCAACCUGCAGAUGCGGCUGGGGGCUCCCGAGGGCCCGGGAUCCCCCCUUUUAGCUACUUAACCCCUUGCCUAACCCGGACUCUGUGCCCUCCCCCUUACCCAGUUUUCAGUGUCUAACCCGCCCUAUUAAAUUUCAAAAAGUGCCUCAACUUGUUUGACUUGGGGAAAUGGGCCAAAUCCGCGGACACGCAUAUUGC